UUACCUCCUAGCCUGUUUCACGCUUGGGAACAAGCAGCUACUGUAGAACCCAAGAAAAGAAAGCGCCCAGCCCCGGCGUCUUUCUCUCUAAGCCCCAAUCCCUCUCCCCUUGUGCUCUCGUCUCGUCCUCGCCGGAUCCGGCGGUUGCGCCACGAUCGCCGCCGCGGACUGCGAAGAUGUCCCACGGCGACACCAUCCCCCUCCACCCCUCCUCCCAGUCCGACAUAGACGAGAUAGAGAAUCUCAUCAACGCCGGCCCCGCCACCGUCCUUCCCGCCCACCCUCCCAGCCCCCAACGGGCCUCCAUCCCGGUCUCCUCCUCCCCCUUCAUCCCCUCCAACCUCCCCCCUCCUCCCCCCUCGGCGCCAGCAGCCGCCUUCCAGAAGGCCCCCACUUCCACGCCGCCGAGCGUCCCCGCCGCCGAGAGCUCCCGCCGCGGCAUCGCUGCCGACGGCUUCGGGUCGCCGCCCAACACGCUGACGGAGCCCGUCUGGGACACCGUCCGGCGGGAUCUGUCGCGGAUCGUGAGCAAUCUGAAGCUGGUCGUCUUCCCCAACCCUUUCCGGGAGGAUCCGGGCAAGGCGCUCCGGGAUUGGGACCUCUGGGGCCCCUUUUUUUUCAUCGUCUUCCUUGGACUCACUCUUUCUUGGUCGGCGUCUGUGAAGAAGUCUGAAGUGUUUGCUGUUGCAUUUGCGGUACUUGCAGCUGGUGCCAUUAUUCUCACUUUAAAUGUUCUACUUCUGGGUGGGCACAUUAUAUUCUUCCAGAGUCUGAGUCUUCUUGGAUACUGCCUUUUUCCUCUGGAUCUUGGAGCUCUAAUUUGCAUGCUGAAGGACAAUGUCAUAAUCAAGAUAAUUGUAGUGUCAAUAACAUUAGCAUGGAGCUCAUGGGCAGCAUAUCCAUUCAUGAGUGCAGCUGUUAAUCCGAAGCGGAAGGCCUUAGCCCUGUAUCCUGUUUUCCUCAUGUACAUCUCUGUUGGCUUUUUAAUCAUUGCAAUAGAUUAAGGAAGCAAUGGGUAGUCUCUUUGUGAUUUUACAGUUUGUGGGUUAUCAACCUCUGUUUCUUUGAAUUGCCAAGACAUAUAGAAGUUUACUUACAUAUUUACCUGUCGCAGGCUUCUUCUGUCUCAUCUUAUAGUUUGACUUUGUUGUUUAGAGACUCAUACAGUACAUUUGUCUUAAAGUUGUAAAACGUUGGUUGCUGCUAGCUUCAUAUCUUAGAAGGUUCCAUAUUGUAUGGAGCGGGCCUAACACCUGACCACCAGAAUCAAGACGGCUGUAAGUUUUCACCUAUGAAAUGAGAUUGAAAGGUGUCUU